AGCGUACGGUUCGGUUGUAGAAGACCAACGCGUCAGCACGAUCGUCGAUAUCGUUUUCGUCGCGUGAUAUUUACAUUUUGUUUCUUGAUCCACUGCUCCUCCUCCCCCUCCUCACCUUGGCUUGGAAUUUAUGAUUGACUAAGCGAAAUGAUUUGUGGUGAUAUAUUCGAUUGUCAAAUUACAGUGGAAUUGUGAAUAUGAACAGUAAAGUAUCGAUCGUUUGAUAUGUACGUAAAGCAUAUCAAGAUCUGAAAAUUUAGGAGUGUCAAUUGUCGUCAUGAUUUCAAUCGUUGUCUGAAUUGUAUGGCGAUUGUGCGGACGUAAAAAUCAUCAUCAACAUGACAAUUAAUGUAAAACGGCAGCCCUGUUAAGCAAAUUGCAUUGAGAAAUUUAUUGGUGCUGUAAUCCAAAGUUCGUAGGUCGGUUUUCAUUGCAAUUGGUGUGAAUUUUCUUUUGAAAAUAAAUGUAUUUCUUAGUAAACAGAACCUAUUUGAAAUCUAAUUGGAUAGAGAUGGGCGAGAACCAAACAGAAUUUAGAAUGACCUAAGCCACGGUGUUAUGCUGAAGAUCGUGAAGAGAUUUUGGAAGGUGCCGUCCACUGUAGAAGUGUUUGUGUUGUGAUCAUCGCUCGAGGGAGAGAGAAAUCCACCGUAUGAUCGCAACCAGAGAUCACCACCGAGAGCGGAUUGCGUUAGUCAGGGUGCAGCAAUAAUGUGCGGUGAUUUCAAUAUUGGUUCCGUCGUCGUAGAUUUUAAGUGCCUUCGGAGUGUUUUUGUCUGCAACAAAGUUUGCGAAAGUCUACUUUAAUCGCCGCGCGAUCGAUUGGUGCAAAGUUCCAGCGGCUCAACGAAUCAUAGCAAGCCUUGGCGAACUUAUUUCCCUUUCACACAUGAAGUGCUUAUGCUUUGUACUGACCACAAGAAGAGGACCCUAAAGAAGAAAAAAAAAUAAAAACAAAAAAAAUGAAUUAUAAUGUGUGCAAAAAUCCUGUUAUGACGAAAUAGUGACGAGCUUCCAAAUAUAAUCGAUUGUAUGCGUGGGUGUUUUCUGGUGUCUGUGUGUCUCUUCGGACUCCAUGCAAGUGACCAGUGGUUGGAAUGUAGCUGAGAAUAUCUAAAAGUUGUCAGUUUUCACAAGACUCACCGAUGCAACGAACGGGAAGUGUAGGGAAAUGUCAAAAUGAAAGUUGUUCCCAUUGUCCAUUGUGACGGCAAUGCAAACAUUGGCUCUGCUUGACGAAGUGAGCCAAGCCACGGCUGGCUGGGCGGUUCUUUGACUUCCGUGCAGCAAAUGACAAAAGAUUUCGACGGACGAAAUGCGAGAAACCUUGUCGUCACGAAGGAAAACUCUACCGCAACAAAAGACAUGGAACUGUGCAUCGAUGCGUGGUGCGUGAUUUGAGCAAUUUUGAGGGAUGAGCUAGCAUAAACAACAGCCAUCAAUACAUAUCGGUACGCUCGCCACACUAGCAACAAGUGACUUAGCCGCGUUUCGAGCCGCCAGUCAGUGGUGUGGAAAAGUCUUCAGAUUGCAACUGAUAGCGACACAACCACCAUCACCGGGCUGUGCCACCUGCGCCGGAGCUAGUUGAAGUCUGUGGCCACAGAGAAGAUUGACUGGGAAAAAGCUGUGGGCCGUGCGAAGGAAGAGAGUUCGCUGACUCGUUCGCCGAAGCGUGGCAGACAAGAAGUGGAUGCACUGCCGUACCCUGCCUCCCGUAGUGUACAGGCCUCAUAGUGGUGGCUGUGUGUAGCAUGUUCGGGCUUGUGCGCGAGGAAAAUAUUCAUGGGAAAGUGCAACCUAGCCUUUUCCGACUCGAGCGAGCCCAGCCCAAAAUAGAAGGGACGGAAUUUGAGCAAUGUGCGAAAGUGAAUUGACCCCAUCAUAUCGGUAGCAGUGAUUCGGCGGGGCAGUGAUUUGGUUUUAGUGCGGAACGUGUGCUUAGCGAAGCGGAUCAGGGCAUCCAAUAACAAAUAAUAGUGAUAGGUUGUAGUGAUAAAAAUUCGAUGAAUGAGUGUAUCGUAUUUUAGUUGAUGUUCCUCGACGAUCGGAUUGAAGGACGGCCAAGUUGUUUAAUAACAAGACGUGCGUGCCACGCAGCAUUGUGUACCUUAAAUAGUUGAGCAGAUUUUUGUGGAAAGUGAAAACCGUGGAGCUGUCGUGUUUCAAUGCAACGGAAUUCGGUGGCAGCAGGUAGUGGAAAUAUGGAUGAAAGUGAAAUUGUUUCAAAGCACUUGUUCGAAUGAAGUAGCAGCCGAAGAUAUUAGGGAAAGGGUAGUGGAAUUUGGUGAAUUUUUAUUAUGGCUAGCCGGGGGCAGCAACAUCGGAACGGCUUAAGGCUCCAAUUACAGCAGCAAUGAGCAACGGGACGACGACGGCGGCGGCAACAACGGCAACCGGAAAUGGUAGCGGAGGAUCAGGCACCACGGAUGCGGAAAGUUUGCCCACCUGGCGACUUUGGGGCGAGGAGCGCGAGCAGGACGCCAUCUACACGGUUUACCUGAAGAAGGUCCGCUACCACCGGCCGACGCCAAGUGCCAGCAGUCAAGACUCGGACGAUGAGAUAUCGCACUUGGAGUGGGAAACGGUGCGGGUGCGGUUCGUGAAGGCGGCCACCCUGUCGCGGCUCGUCGACGCGCUGACCACGGACGAUGGCGAACUGGAGAGCACCUUCGUCAAUGUGUUCCUCACCACCUAUCGGACGUUCUCGCAGCCGGAAAAAGUGCUCGAGCUGUUGCUGAACCGGUACGAGAAGCUGCUGGCCGCGGAACUGGCCCUGCUGCCGGCCGAAUCGCUGACCGAUCAGCACAAGAAAACUCUAGUCUCCGUUCUUCACGUGUGGUUGGAUGGCUUUCCCGAGGACUGGGAUACGGAAAAUCUGCAAAGGUUGUUGGCGUUCACCUCGAAGCGGCUGCCAAACUCAGAAAUACACGUUAAAGCUUUACAUAGGUAUACAAAUAGAUUAGAUAAGUACAGUCGAAUACCACCUCCGUUGCCAUGGUCCGACCUGACCGAUCAGUUCGGGGGGCUCUGCCUAACACCCGCCUUCCGAGGGCCCCCUUCCCAUCUGCUCAACUCGUACCGCUUCCCGAACAUUCCGGUGAAGCACUUUGCCGAGCAGCUCACCCGCAUGGACAUGGAACUGUUCAAACGGCUCAUACCGCACCAGUGCCUGGGAUCGAUCUGGUCCAACAGGGACAAGCACGAGUGCGGGUCGGUACUGGCCACCGUCACCCAGUUCAAUGCCGUUUCGUUUCGGGUCAUAUCCAGCAUACUGAUCGAACCGCGGUUAAAGCCACAGGAACGAGCCUUGCUUAUAUCCACCUGGAUCGACAUCGCCCAAGAGUUACGAUUACUGAAGAACUUCUCGUCACUGAAAGCCAUCAUUUCCGGGCUGCAAUCGAAUGCCGUUUAUCGAUUGUCGAAAACAUGGGCGGCAUUGCCGCGUGAAAAACUGGAACUCUACACCGAGUUGGCGCGGAUAUUCUCCGAAGAUAACAACGCGUGGGCUCAGAGAGAGGUGCUGAUGCGGGAAGGAACGGCCAAGUUUGCUGACACGGUCGGAGAGAACGAUCGGCAUUUGCAGAAGGUGUUUCAGAAGCAGAACACUCUAAUCAGCCACGGAACUAUCCCCUACCUGGGGACGUUCUUGACGGAUCUUACUAUGAUUCACGCUGCCAUCCCGGACACCCUUGCGGAAGGGUUAAUCAAUUUUGAUAAGCGGCGAAAGGAAUUCGAGGUGCUCGCGCAGAUUAAAUUGCUACAGGGUGCUGCCAACACGUACCACCUGCCAGAUGAUGCGCUGUUCGAUCGAUGGUUUGCUUCGCUACUGGUGCUCGACGAACGGGAGGCGCACACGUUAAGCUGCCAAUUGGAACCACCUCCGGAAACGAACAAAAGGCCUAGUCAUCAGGGACACAAGAAAAGUGAUUCAAUCGCUUCCAACAGCAGUAGCGGGGCUGGUUCCCAGUUUUACUGCGACAUCAAUAAUGCGUCCAACGCGAGCUACAGUUCUCGAAACAACUCUUUAGAUCGAGACGUGACGCCACCGAAUGCGUCACUCCUUUCUGCUGCCAGCAGUGUGUCUUCUCUUUCGAUGGAAUCCACCACCUCGAGUAGUCAGAAGUCGAACCAUCUUAAUGGAUCCGGCUUGAUCCGGACACCCCAGUCGAACAGGGUCAACAACAGUAAUUCCAAUUCGGCAAGCAAAAACCACAACGGCCACGAUACUCCCGUCAUCAACGGUCAACUGAAGGAGGAUUCUCCACUGAAGAAGGGAUCGCCCGAUUUCUACAUUAUCAAGGUUACCUACGAGACGGAUCAUGUCGAGCUGGACGGAAUCGUGCUGUACAAGAGCAUCAUGCUGGGUAACAACGAGCGAACGCCGCAGGUCAUUCGGAAUGCGAUGCUGAAACUCGGUCUGGAAGGGGACCCGGACAAGUACACGUUGUCGCAGGUUCUGCCCGAUAAGGAGCUGCUGCUACCGAACAAUGCCAACGUGUACUACGCGGUUAAUACGGCGUACAAUCUGAACUUUAUUCUAAGGCCAAAAAAGGACCCGGAUGGCGGUCGGUAGAAGUGCGGUGCUGCGCAGCCUAAUUUAUAAAUCCGUUGUAAAUAUAUUUAUUUUUUUUUAUGGAAGAAUAAUCUCAAGAAACAGACGAAUCUCUUCAAUCGGGAGUGAACUGCGAUAAUGUAAACUGAGUAACUGAUACUAACCGGGUUAAUAUUUAAUGAAAAGAUUGAUUUGUACAUAACAAGGCAUGUCAAAUUGUAAGUAGCACGUAGAAUUAUACAAUGAACGUUUUUAGCCGCGUCGAACCGGAUAAGUUUUAGAAACGAGCACGGAUUUUGAUUGUAACAUAAGAAUAGAAUUCUAACUUUGUGGAUUAUGGGAUGAGUUCAAUGAGCAGUCAUUUUAUCCAGGAUUCAAGGAAUUGAAACCAAUAUGAGCUUUUAGCAAGUAGAAACCAGGAAUUGUCGAAAGUGUUCGAGUUACAGAGAAGUGAUUUAGUGAAUAUCAAAUUGAGUACUGUACAGAAAGGUGAAACCAAGCAGUAUCCAAGACUAAAAUAGACUAAAAUAGAAAGUAGUAAAUGUAUACUAAAAAGGAAGCAAAAUUAUGGAGAUAUUAUAAUUCCUCACGCUAUUUGAAAUUUGUUUAUGGUAGCAGAUUUGUAUAUUUAGAUCAGAAAAGAAAUCAUUGCACGUAUGAGUCUUCAAUCUACUGUUAAUCCGGGCGAUUUUUCUGGCAAA